UUGCCAUCACGUUUUGACCUGCCUUUUCCACUCUGUAACGAGAAGAGAAGUUAAACUCAAAGUUCCAAUUUUUAAAUUGCUACAGCCAAGUCGCAUUCAUUCACCAAUUUAAUCUCUGUCAUCUCAUCCUCUCUCUCUCUCUCUGUAUCUAUUCUUGUUCCUGGCAUUCAUUGGGUGUUGGCUUUUGAGAAGAGAUCCAUAAGACGCAACAAGGUUCAAUCUUGCUGAUAAUGGCAGUGCUGGUUUAGUAUAACUGUAGAAGAGGGAGCAGUACAGUAGCUAUCUUCUUUUCUCCACUUUUGUCCAUUCCAAGCCAUCUUCUUCGUCAUUGAACCCUUCCCUUAAAGCAAAAUCCAAUUUUUACCAGCAGAGAGACACGUCGCCGACACUGCUGCUGUGUCGGAUGCAAGUAUAUUAGUCCCCUCGGCUUUCAACGAAGAGGAAGAGCUCGGAGGAGGAGAUGGCAAGAGGCGAUCGUCUCCCGGCGGCUCUUGUUCCUUUUCUGCUCCUCUUCGCGGCGGCGGUGGAAUCCGCCACCGAUUCGUCUGACGUUCAAGCUCUUGGUGUGUUGUAUACUUCUUUGAAUAGCCCUCGGAAGCUCUCCGGGUGGACUGAGAGCGGCGGUGACCCUUGCGGCGGCUCGUGGAAGGGGGUUUCUUGCUCCGGUUCAGCUGUUACUGCCAUAAAGUUAUCAGGAUUAGGGCUUAACGGUUCCCUGGGCUACCUCCUUUCAGAUCUCUUGUCUUUGAAAACACUAGACUUGAGUGACAACAACAUACAAAAAACCAUUCCAUAUCAACUACCACCCAACUUAACUUAUCUGAAUCUCGCUGGCAAUGAUCUUCAUGGGAAUCUUCCAUAUUCUAUCUCUAGCAUGAUCUCUCUCAACUACCUCAAUCUCAGCCACAAUGUUCUAUCGGAGAUUGGUGAUCUAUUCAGAGAUCUUCAGAACCUCUCUGUGUUGGAUUUGUCUUUCAACAACUUCUCCGGAGAUGUACCUAACUCAUUUGGUUUCAUGUCCAAUCUUUCCUGUCUUUAUUUACAAAAUAAUCGAUUGACAGGAUCAGUUAAUAUUCUUGCAAAUCUAGACCUAACUACUCUUAAUAUUGCAAACAACCAAUUUAAUGGUUGGAUACCACAGGGUUUCAAUUCAAUUCCAAACCUUGAGACUGGAGGAAAUUCCUUCUCCAAUAACCUGGCUCCUCCCCCACCACCAUACAUGCCACCUCCUCCAAGAAGACCACACCGGGUUUGUGAUGACACUCAAGAACCUAGAUAUAUGCCAUCAUCAAACUCUCCAGAUCAUGCGAGCAACAAACAGAGCUUGACUACAGGUCAAGUGAUAGGGAUUGCUAUAAGUUCGACAGUUGGUGUGUUAUGCAUACUAUUAGCUGGAACAUUGUACCUUUUCAACAUUCGGAAGAGUAAACAUGAUGGUAUUAUUAGUGGGAGUGAUUCUGGAAGGUUAGCAGAUGUCGGUACAAACAAAGUCACUGAGAAAGAGAUGCAAGAGCAGAUGCUGAAAAGUCCUUCCACAGCAAGUCUGAAUUUUCCUGAUAAAAUCAUAAUUCACAAGUUGGAUGAGAAGAGUGGAACUGCAAACCGAACAAAAGUGUCUACAGCUGCAACAUCAUAUUCUGUUGCUUCACUUCAGGUUGCAACGAACAGCUUCAACCAGGAUUGUCUUGUGGGUGAAGGUUCCCUCGGUCGGGUAUAUAGAGCAGAAUUCCCUAAUGGAAAGGUUUUGGCAGUUAAAAAGAUCGACAGUGCAGCAUUAUCCAUACAAGAGGAGGAUAACUUUCUCGAGGCUGUUUCAAAUAUAUCGAGAUUAAGGCAUCCAAACAUCGUUGCAUUUUCAGGAUAUUGUGCAGAAUAUGGGCAAAGGCUUUUGGUUUAUGAAUAUAUUGGAAAUGGAACUCUGCAUGAUGUGGUGCACUUUGUUGAUGAUUGUAGCAGGAAGCUAUCUUGGAAUGCCCGGAUGAAGGUAUCUCUCGGUACCGCUAGGGCACUGGAAUACCUGCAUGAAGUAUGUUUGCCCUCUGUAGUACACAGAAAUCUCAAGUCUGCGAACGUCUUACUCGAUGAAGAGUUUAACCCUUACUUGUCGGACUGUGGACUAGCUGCCUUAACACGGAAAACCGAGAGACAGGCUUCGACCGAGGUAGUUGGCUCAUUCGGUUAUAGUGCUCCAGAAUUUGCAAUGACCGGAAUGUAUACUGUGAAGAGUGACGUGUAUAGCUUUGGAGUAGUGAUGUUGGAGCUACUCACUGGUCGGAAACCACUUGAUAGUUCUAGAGUGCGAUCGGAACAAUCCCUUGUCAGGUGGGCUAUUCCUCAACUCCACGACAUAGACGCGUUAUCUAGGAUGGUUGAUCCAGCAUUGAAUGGAAUAUAUCCUGCCAAAUCUCUUUCGCGUUUUGCUGACAUAAUUGCGCUAUGUGUUCAGACGGAACCAGAGUUCCGACCGCCGAUGUCAGAAGUCGUCCAACAACUAGUUCAGCUGGUGCAGAGAGCAAGCCCGCUCAGAAGGCGAUCGGGCGAGGAAUUUGGAUUCUCGUACAGGGCAUUGGAGCAGGAAACCAGAAUGGCAGAGAACACACCAUUUUAAUUUUUUUGAUUUUUUCCCCCUCUUUUCAUUAUCAAUAUUCAGUUCCUUCAAAACAUAUUGUUUAGUACAUUUCUGUUCUCGGAGUUUAUUAAAACUUAUAGUAAAUCAAAGAAAUAACAAAUUUAAUGAUAAAUUGGAGAUGCUUCUCUAA